CAGUAUAACUAUUUGAUUGGCGGACGUAUGCCAUGCUGUCUCCGAAAAAUCAAUUUAGAUUUGACAUCCAUUGUUAUCGAUGCACUUUCCUUAGGGGAUUUUAUAUGCCUAUACGGAAGUUUUUAGAAUGCUCUGGAAAAUUGUAAUGCUCAAUGUUCAAUUAACUAUAGACCUACUUUGAUCAUGAUUUUUGUCCGAUCGAUCGACUAUAAAGUGAUAACUUGUAUUGGUGUCACCGUAUCUUUGAUGGUAUACAUGUAUAUUGGGAUGAUAUGGAACGAUGGACCUCUCGUUUUACUUAGCUAUCACAUGGAUGCCAUACCUUACAGGAGGGCACCGAUAUUCGUCAAGUCAACUCUGAACAACACAGUCAUUCAAAUGCUACGAAAGAAAGUCGGGAAGAAAUUGAAAUCAAAGAAGCCAAUACAGAUAUUUCACAGCACCGUCAAUCUCCAGGACAUAAAAGUUAACAAGACAUCUGAAAGUGAAAUUUCAGAGCGGGCGAAGUCUUGCGCUCUUGUGGGGAAUUCAGGAAUACUUUUGAACAGCGGUUGUGGCGACCUGAUAGACGAAUCCGAGCUAGUUGUCAGGAUGAACUUGGCCAAGAUUGGCCAGGAGUAUUCCUCCGACGUGGGAUCGAAGGUAUCCUACAUGACCAUCAACUGGGAACAACUGGGACGCUUGAAAUCUUGCUUCACAAAGAAAAAGAAAAGAAAGGCGUCUUCAGCCUCUGAGUUGUUGAAAAGACUUCCAGCAGUGUGUGGCACAAUGAUCGACAGGCUCGGGCUACUUAGCAAUGAUACUGUUCUUUGGCCAUCUAGGGGCCAUGCUGACAUGAUAUUUCGGGUUCUCCCUCUUCUACGAAAACAGUUUCAUCUGAACUUCAGCCUUGGGAUCAAUUCACAUUCUUUAAAGGACGCCGCAUACCGGUUGUGGCAUUUAAGGGCACCAUCGUCUGGAUUAACCGUCCUCGCACCCAUGAUUCAACUGUGUGAUGAGAUAUCAUUGUUCGGAUUCUACCCGUUCUACACUGACCCGUAUAAUCGGACAAUUCUACAUCAUUAUUAUGAUCCAGAGGCUCGAAUGAACUACACGACAAAUUUCCACAACAUGCCGGGGGAGUAUCGGUUUCUCUUAGACCUGGAAAAUAAAGGUGCAAUCAGAAUUAUCAAUAAUUGCACACCAACCUACUAACGUACAUGUAUGGAUGGGGGACGUGGGCCAUGGACCCCCCCCCCCCCGAAUUUUCAGGACCACGAAAAGUAAAGAAAACGCUAGGGGAAGGUUGAUAUUUGACAUGUAAAACUAUCACAAAAUUUGAUUCUUCCUUUAAUAAAAUUUUCGCUCGCUCGCUUCCCCCACUCGCAGCUAGAUAUACACAGAAAGAACUUUCUGUAGGAGUACCUCAAGGGUGAGUUCUUGCUCCCAUGGUUUUUCUUGCUGUUUAUAAAUGAUAUAUCACAAUCAAUUAAGUCUGGUGUUAUAGCAAUUUAUGCUGAUGAUGUUAUUAUAUUUGAGACUGGUAAAGAUGUUGAGACAAUAACUUCAAAAUUGCAAUCAAAUAUGGAUUCCCUUAAUGAAUGGUAUAAACUUAACUUAAAUGUCGACAAAACAAAAUGUAUGUUUUUAAAAACACGCUCCCAUGAUGUUAUAAAAUUUUUUAUUGAUGGGAAUGAAAUUGAGCAAGUU